AAACAUCCAUGGUAUUGUUAAAAGUAAGAGACCGAUUAGUGAUUUUCUGUGGCUUAACAAGUUGGACAUUGCUAAGGGUAUCCUUGACAGUGGCGAGACGUACAAUAACUGUAAAGCAGCUACUUGUUUUAUGGAGAACAUUGCAGAAGUCGAACGAGAGGGUAUUUUAGAGUCAGUUAAAAAUGCAAAGUUUUUCAGCCUCACAAUGGAUGGAUCUACGGAUGAAGCUUCAAUAGAGCAGGAGACACUUUUUGUGAGAUACUGUGUUCAAGGUGACGUUUGUACAAAAUUUCUUACAAUUGGAGAGCCAGCCUCAACUUCUUCUGCUGACUUGUACACUUUUGUUACCACUAAUCUGAAGAAGCGUGAAUUGAAUAAGGGCAUCCCAUUGAUUGGUUUUGGAUGUGAUGGUGCAGCAAAUAUGGUAAAUAUUUUAAUUUUCAGCUGACACAAAACUUUUGAGCAACAUUCAAUAGCAAGCUGUGAAAAAAAGUAUAGAAACAUAAGUUCUUUCUCAAUAAGAUUGAACAAUUUUAAAUUUGAAUUACAAUUAUGGAACUUCAUUUUAACAAUUUUAGAUGGGCAAAAAAGGAGGCCUGGUGACACUGCUGCAAAAGGAUUUUCCAGAACUGUUGGCCUGUCAUUGUUUGGCUCAUAGACUAGAACUUUCUUUUCGUGACAUGGUCAAGGGAGAUAAAAAGUAUGAGCGUCUGUCUACCCUACUCCUUGGUAUAUUCUACUUUUACAAAAGGAGCCCAAAGCAACGCAGUAAUCUCAGACACACCUUUAAGGUGAUGAAUGUAAAGGGCACACUUCCCCACAGAGUAUCAGGCAGUCGCUGGAUGCCACACAUGCAAAGAGCAUUAAAGUCGCUCUUUUCAAGUUUUCCUGGAUAUGUCUCUCAUCUGCAGAAUGAGUCGCAUACCAAUCCCAAAGCAGAGGGUCUGGUGAAAAUCAUGUGCAACUUCCAAGUUAUUGUUUAUGCCACAGUGUUACUGGAUGUCUUGAAUCCACUGGUCAGACUAUCCCUCUUUCUACAGUCCAAGGAUGUGACACUAGCUGAUGUCCAUUUGAUGGUACAAUCCACUCUCAGCCAUUUAAAAUCUCUGGAUCAGAAGAAGAGUGAGACUCUUUUAAACUUGGAAGAAACCAAGGAAGUUGCAGGCAUGCCAUUAACAUCUGCAGGGCCCUUUGACAGUGAUUCUUUAAUUAAGAAAAUGGUUACUGGCAUGACAAAGGCAAUAAGUAUUAGAUUUGCAGAUCUUGGAGAUGAAGUGAAAUUUACAGAAAUUGCCAACUUUAGAAACUGGCCGAUGGAGGAAUUGAAAGGUAAUAAUGAUUAAAUACUGUAUUAUAAUAGCAAAUGAGGUUACAAAAUGAUUUAUGAUAUGUGGAUUGUCUGUAAACAAACAUCUAAUGUGAACAUUUCAGAAA